AUGUACCACCUCGCCAAAGGCCUGUAUCUGUAUGCGACAAGCAAAGAAGAAUACUCGGUCAUUCUGCUAGGUCUCGACAAUGCCGGCAAAACCACAUUCCACGAGCAGGUCAAAUCCAUGUACCUCCCCAACGGGCCCGAACCAAAACUCAAAACCGUGCCCACUGUCGGCCAAAAUGUCUCUACAAUAACCCUACCGGAUAUGUAUCUAAAAUUAUGGGAUGUCGGCGGCCAGCUGUCCCUUCGCAACCUCUGGCAAAGCUACUACGCGAGCUGUCACGCGAUAGUCUUCAUCAUCGACAGCACAGACAUCGGCGACGGCUCGCUCGAGGACGAUGACAACGGCCGGCUGGAAGAAUGUAGACUCGUGCUGGAAGAUGUUUUGCAGCAUUCAGAGACAGAGGGCGUGCCGCUGCUGAUUCUUGCGAAUAAGCAGGAUAGAGAGGAUUGCGUGGAGACGAUCCGUAUCAAGGAAGGGUUGGUGAAGAAGGUUAUGGAGGGUGAUAAGGCUAGCAGUAUUCGUGAUUCAAGGGUAUUGUCGUUGAGCGCGUUGACGGGAGACGGCGUGAGAGAGGCAGUGGACUGGGUGAGGACAAGGGUGCAGUGGAAUAAGGAGUCGAGACCACCGGUCAUGAGGUGA